ACAAAAAGUGGAUCCCGAUGUCACUCGCUGAUGAUACUCAGCACUCGCAACUGCUAACGUCACCGCUACCAUCCACCAACCCCAACGCCGGUACUUCGAACUCGCCCUCUCCAAACAUGACCAACGCAAACACCAAUAACGAGCGCAUCUACGUCCCACCUCACCUGCGCGCAAAGUCUUCCUCACCACAAGAGUCCACUCCUCCGCCGGCAACGGAGAAGACCGCCGAUGAGAUGCCAGCUUCGAUACCUGCUCACUUGCAAAACUGCGAGUUCGAUUCCCGCCCAUCUACGCAAGAGGUCAACCACUCCUUUGGCGCCGACAACUUUGCCUUCUCCUCAAACAUCCGCUUCUCCCGCGGCAGCAGUCUCGCAAGCUUUUGCAAAGCUGGAGUCUCCAGUGGACGGAACCUCCCCUCAGCCCGCUGCUUCUCCGGCUGCCGCCGUGUCGCAAGCCCUCUCAAAACCUGUAUCCCCCGCUGAGCCAGCACCUGAGCCAGCACCCGCCCCGUGGGAUCCGAAUGGAGAUUUGCCGAACUGGGAUGCAGCUACAGUGGGAAAAGACCCGUCAAGGGGACCCAGGAAUCGUAGACCGUACUUCCGAAACAACAACGCGCCACCUUCACCACCUGAUACUGUCCGUGGACCUCACAGAAACAGUUCACGUCGUAACGGGCCGCCGCGCAAAUCCCAUUGGAUCAAGAACAGAGACUUGAAACCACGCCCGGAUGACGAGAGUGAUGGAGGCGCCUACGUUGAUCCGUCGUGGGCUGUGCAACAAGAUGACCGAGACGAUCCAGACUACGAUGUCAAGAAGCUGGUGGAUUGGAAUGGGAACUGGUUGCCAGGAGAGGUUGACUGGGAGGGCCGUGCAUCGUUCGACUAUGACUACGCUCGCGGCUCGCGUAUCAACAAAUGGCUCUCUGGUAUCGAGUUGGCUUAUGAUAUUCGUUAUGAUGGCCCGGGCGUGGACCGCUUUCACGGCGAUUAUGGAUGGGUGCCCAUGCCGGCAUACCCGGAAGAAGACCUUGAAGACUAUGACGAUCGACUGAAAGCAUUGGAGGAGUGGACAUCAGCAGGCGACGUUGUUCUCCGUCAUUGGAUUCCGAGACAGAUUGAUGGCGCCUCGCCCCAAGCUUUCUGGCGCAGUUACCCCAUGCGAGCUCCAGCCCCUUUGAGCGAUGUCGACCUGAACGAAAUCCCUCCAUUUUGGGAGACGUUUGAUGGCGAGGACUUCUGCCUCCUCAGCCCCUUCGACGUGCAAACUCACCGUCUCAAGGAGGACGAGGGUCGUCGGGAACUCAACGACUGCGUCAACGAUCUCAUCGCACGCAAGGCGCGCGGAGACCAGGAACGGAUAGAAAGGAUCAUGAAGAGGAGAAAUCGGCCCUCUAGUCCAGUGCCAUCGAUCUUUGCGCAUAACAGCAUGAGGCCUGCCGCCAAUAUCUACCUGCGUCCCGUGAAGGCCACAGACGCUCCCCAGAUCAUGGACAUCUACAACCAUUACAUCAAAACCAGCGUCGUCACCCAAGAGUUCCAGGAGCGCUCCUUGGCGGACAUGGUUAACCGAAUCGAGAGUAUCAUGCAGCAUAACUUGCCUUGGAUUGUCGCGGUGCACAAGGGGAAUACUCGUGGGCGCCGGAACCGCGUUCUAUUCUCAGCCGAGAACAUUGUUGGGUUUGCGUAUCUAGACGAGUACAGCCAUCACGGCUCCAUCUACCGCUUCACGGCCGACCUCCAGAUCUUUGUCCAUCAGGACCAUCUCCACCAUGGCAUUGGAAAAUGUCUGUUGGACCGCCUUCUUUCCAUGGUCCACACCGGUUACCUACCGAAGAGCGGCUAUGAAUGGGCUUGUCAUGGCGAGUACCUGAAGCACGGUUGCUCUCGCCGCGUCAAGGUCGUCACUGUUCAUUAUCCAUAUGCCAGCAAUGAUAAGGGUGAAGCGGAUCUCAAGAAGAUGAAUAGGUUUUUGAAGUUUUUUGGAUUCAGGAAAGCAGGACAUUUGCGUAACGUGGCGUACAAGUAUGGCAACGUUAUCGACGUUGCACCUUUCCAGAUUGUCACGUCGGAAUCGAUCGACGCUGAUCGGCAGCCCGACGACCCUUUGUGAGCGAGUUCAGCGGUCCACCAAGUUCUGCGCGCUGGGUAGACUCUUACGGUGUAGACCUUGCGACACCAUAGCGCACGCUCUCAAUGCCGACACAUCUGGGCGCCUAUACCUUAACUCAGCACGGCGUACUCCGUUACACUCAACAAGAGUCCAACUGACUAAUAGGCGACUUCUUUCCCG